AUGUCUUCCACCAAGCGAACAGUCAUCGAAAUAUCCUCUGGCAGUGACGACGACAACCCUCUCGUCACGCGUCGCAAGAUCCGCCGACGAUCCAAGAUACUAGAGCCACAGCGGCACGAAACAGACACAGAGGCCACCCAAGGUCAGCCGACAUUUGCAGAGUUUCUCUCCCGAACACUGCCAAGCAGGCUGAUCUCGGGUGAUGUCGCAAAAUACAUCCAGCGAGAGUCCAACGUUCGUCUAGAGACUGCAAGGCGAGAAGGGAUCACUCUGGAUACCGUUUUCAUCGACCGGUUGAUGGAUGUGGAAGUUUCGAGUACGCUGGGUGAUGUUCUUCGGAAAGAUCUCAUCGAAAAGGGGAACAGGAAACUCGAAGAAGCUCGUCAACUCGGACUGGGUAUCGAGGAUAUCACGAUUGGGAAAGGGCUUCUAGCGACAUGGAAUGGCCUGGCGUCUACCCAAGAGACGGCUUAUGGGCUGGAAACCCCUCCGGAAGAAACACGAGCUCAACCGAUAUACGAUGACGCGGGACCAUCGAGCAUCGGAACCGCUGUUCAAGAUUCAUCAGUCAUCGGUCAAGCAGAAACACCGGAGUCCGAGAUCAUCACGAUAUCCUCGGCAAGUGAGGCUCCGAAUUCGCCCGAAAUCGUGUACGACUCCUCCAGCACAUACGACAGCUGCUCUGACUUUAGCAGCAGCAGCGGCGGCAACAGUAGCAGCACUGAAGACGACGAGGAAAUUGACGACAUCAUCCACAUGAACAAUGUUGUUAGUACCCAACCGGAAUACUCGGAGAGCGAUGACGAAGCUCCGCACAUCCUUCACGACGUUGAGGUUGUGGGCGGCUUUGAGGGCCACCCGGAUGUCGAUUUAGAAGUUUACUUGGUGGAGGACGACGAAGAAGUAGAGGGUCUUCCGGAACUUGAGCUGGCGAUUGAUGGAGAUGCGUUUAUACAUUAUUUUGGUGAUGAUGAUCUUAUGGAGGUUGAGAUUCCUGGGAUGGAUCUACAAUGCUCGCUUGUUGUUCCUCCUGACUACAGUGAUGAAGGGGACUAUAAUACGCAAGGUAGACCACCCUUGGAAGAAAUUGAAGGCGACACCGACGAUCAAGUUAUGGAUGAGGAUGAAGAUGAUGACGAGGGUGGAGGGCAAAAUUCGAUCAUUCAAAUCACUGAGGAUGGUUUUACUUGGUGA